CUCUCCAAAAAGAAGAUUAUUGUCAAAUGUAAACAAUCAACCUUCGUAAAAACAGGUCGUUUUCUUCCUAGAUUACAUUGCUGUCAAGAUAGAUUAGAAGGUGUUAAAAUGUCGGACCCUAUGGAACCCGUGUUGCUAUAUGCUCAUCCAAGUAUGGACCAUUUAGCUAAGCAAAUUGUUGAAGGUUGUCGGCAGACAACAUCUCCAGUUUCCUCGCCAACCACAUUAGAACCAGGAAAGUUACCAAAUGGAAAAGCUCCUUUUCACAGAUCCCUUUCUACUGCUGCAAUAUUGGGAAACAAAAGCAGAGGUGUAGUUUAUAGAAACACUAUAACAUGGGGCAGAUUUCAAGAUGGAUUUCCAAAUCUAUUUAUUCAAGAUGUUCAUGUGUUGGCUGGAAAAGAUGUUAUAUUCAUAGGAAGUUUCCAUGACCCAAGUGUAAUAUUUGAACAACUAUCAGUGUUAUACAUGUUUCCAAGGUACUUGGCCAGAUCAUUUCAUUUCAUCUUACCAUAUUUUCCGACGGGCACAAUGGAAAGAGUUGAUACAGAGGGCCAGAUAGCUACAGCAAAGACUUUGGCCAUCAUGAUGUCUUCAAUUCCUCUAACAGCUAGGGGCCCUGUACAGAUCUGUAUAUUUGAUAUUCAUGCCUUACAAGAGAGGUUCUACUUCUCAGAUAAUGUUAUACCAAGAUUAGAGUCAGCCAUACCCCUCCUGCUGUCCACAAUCAAGACUUUACCAGAUAAAGGUAACAUUGCCAUAGCCUUCCCAGAUGAUGGUGCCUUCAAACGAUUCCAUAUGUUCUUUCCAGAGUUUGAUACUAUUACUUGUGUAAAGAUAAGAGAUGGUGGAAAAAGGAUAGUAAAAGUGAAAGACGGCGAUCCAGAAGGCAAGCAUGUUGUAAUUGUUGACGAUCUCGUUCAAACAGGGGGAACACUUAUCCAGUGUGGCAAGGCACUGACUGAAAAAGGAGCAGUGGGAGUGAGCGCUUACGUUACACAUGCAGUGUUUCCCAAGGAAAGUUGGAAAAAGUUCGCCGAUGGAGAGUUUAAGUUUAAAAAUUUCUGGGUGACUGACUCGAUUCCCCAUGCUGUGGAUAUAUGUACACAUGAUCCAUUUAAAUUGCUCUCACUUUGUGAACCAAUUGCAAAGAUGUUAAUGGGUUUUGAUCUACGUCAACAGCAUUAAGGGAUGCGCAAUUUUGAACUUUGAUAAAGAUCUGCCAUCCAGUUAAAGGAUAGGGUAUUUCAAUACUUUGAUAGAAUAUUUAUAUCGUUUGUGAUCAGUUUUUAGAUGAGUGAUAUUGUAGAACUGUAAUUAUUUAGUUAAAUUAUGCCUAAAAGUUAGAAAUCAAUUUCUAAAAAUUUAGUUGAAUUAUGCCUUAACAAGCGAUAUCUAAGCAAAAUGGUUGAAUUAUGCUGUAACUUUUGAUUUCAAACAAUUUAGUUUAAUUAUGACAUAACUAUCAAUUUCUAAUAAUUUGUGAAAAUGAUGAAUUAACUUUAUAGAUGUUUAUUGAUACCAGUUAUUAAAGUUUUGAUUUUAUAUUUUCAAAGUCAAAAUGGUAUAUCUGUAAGAUAAAAUUAUCUUAAAAUGCUUCAAGAUAUUCGAUCCAGGUUAAAGCUGCACACCUCCA